AUGGACAACAUCUCAACAGUGAGUUAUGUCACUCAGUUUCUCAAACAUGAGAUCAACAAGCUCGACUCGAGAGAAAAUUGCUGGCAUCAGUCUGGCGUUGGCGGACUAAUUUCUCUACUACGCGCCAACGUUUCCCAUUCGCAGUCAUGGGAUAGUUCGUGGAAUACAACUAUGGCUAUGCAGGGCUCGUACAGUCUCAACAGCUCAGGCAACCUUUUCGAUAUCAAUCUCCAGACGAAGGACUUUAGUGUCAAUGGGGUUGACAGAGACACCUUCAUCACAUGGUCAUAUGUUCACGCAUUCUGCAUGAUCAUUGCCUUUUUCUUGGUGUAUCCCAUUAUUCUCCUCAUGGAAUCUACCACCGUCCUUUGCGAUCUUAUCAACCGUCCCGUAGCAAAGCACAAGGUGCGUAAAUGGGAGUCAGCCCUGCGAGCCUUCGUCUUUACUCCCCUCGUCAUCGCUGGGUUGGUGUCUGGCAUUAUUGGCAUGGGCGACUCAGAUCAUUUCAGAACUGAACAUGGUAUCAUGGGUCUGAUCACGGUGGUAUUCGCAGGAUUCUCAGCAAUCCUCUACUUCUACAUCUUCUUCUUCGACUCGUGGAUGCGCCGAACAGCUCUCCGAUUGCGAUGGCUUCAGAACGUCCAGUACUUCGACAUGUUUGUGUGCCAAGUGAUCCUGAUGCUCUCGGGGUUCGCAUUGACAGACGGCUUCAAUGAUCUAUCGGUGAUGGGUCUUUGCUAUAUACAGAUAUCUACAGCGUGGGCGGUCUCGGUGGGGAUGAUUUCGUCGUUUGUGUGGAAUAGUGCGAUGGUCUUGAUGACUGCUCAGUGGUUUCUUGUUCGGCGGGCGAGACCCGGUGGUGUUGGAAUCGGUACGGCGAGGGUGUGGAGGUUGGUGCACUUUCGAAGGAGACAGGAAGUGAUUGAGGCGGAGGAGGUGCCACAGGAGAUGAGCUCGUUGUCUGAGACUUGUAGGCCAUGA